AUUACCCAUCAGCUUCCUCUAUGGCGACACCUCACAAUGGCUGACCUUACGAUGGUGGUAUAAAACGCUGCGUCCGCGCACCGGCGUCAUUCGUCACCAUGUUCAGACUGUUCAGAGGCUGUGUGUUGUUCGCUGUUUUCCAUGUGAUUUUCGCACAAGGACAAUUCCCACCAAGUUUGCCGCCAAACAUCCCUCAAAAAUGUCUUGGACCACCUCCAGCCGUUGAAAAGCCUCACGAAUGCUGUCCCAUCCCACCCUUCUUCACAGACGAGGAUUUCGCUGACUGUGGCUUCCAAAAACUAGAUGACAGUGAUCCUGAUGCCAAACCACGCGGACCACCUGAUUGUUCUAAACAACUAUGCAUGUUGAAAAAGUACGAGCUCCUCAACGAAGACGAGGACAUUGACGAAGAGGCCAUCACUAAGUUCCUAGAUGACUGGGCGGCGAAGAAUGAAGAGUUCCAAGCGGCAGCAGAUGCUGCCAAGCAACGGUGUAUUGGAAAGAACCUAUUCGGACCCCCGCAGAUCUGCGAAGCUAAUAAGAUCGUGUUCUGUGUCAGCUCGACUAUCUUUGAUAAAUGUCCGACCUGGCAAGAAACUGAGGGAUGCACAACACUAAGGACUCAUAUGGAUGACUGCAGACCUCCUUUCCCAAAUUAAAUAUAUUUUUAGUUGAAAUUUUCUGCUUUGCUUUAUUGUAUUUAUUUUUAGAGGAGGCUUUGCCGUUUAAACAUGUAAAUAUACCACCCGAAAUUAAAUUAGUUUUCUGUAUAA